UGUGAUCUCAUCAGUCACCUGAUGGUGAGGGUGACGUUACGCCGGGACAGGAAGUGUGCGUCUGUUGCGGGACGUGUGACGUCAGUUUUCCGAACGUGUGACUCGGCCCGCGGAGGCGGCGUCUGUAAUCUCUGAGACGCCAGAAUCUCCUGCUGGCCGGGUUAGAGUGACCGGAAUAGUCACCCGCUAACUGCGAGUUUGAGAGAUUCCGGCAAAGUGAAGUCUCUUCCUUGGAAAUAAAUAGAGCCUGAUGAGUGUCAGCAUGGUAUCAACAACCUUACACAGUGACCCCCACAGGAGUAGAAAGUUUAAUGGAGACAAAAGGGAAGAACAUUUAAAGGAAGAUGUGAGCGCUGAAAACAAAUCUCCCCUCCAGCUACAGAAUGGUUGUACGGAGGAGGUUAAAAAUUCCACCUCCACGGAGAAGCCGCUAAAAGAGCACAUGGCGGUGACUUGUGCCUCGCAGGAUAUUGGAGAACCCGAAAAUAACACCGGGGAACAGAACUUCACUUGCAAAGAGCCAGAAGGACUAAAGCUGCCAGCAUCCGCCAUGAGUUUGGAUGAGAACAGCAAUGUGCUGGACGAUAAAUCAGACUCCAAGGAGAAGAGUCCCUGCGCAGAGGACGGUGGUCGGCCAGUGUCCUUGUGUCCAGUAAUUUCUUCCGACCUCCAUGAGACUAAUGCGACCAAGCCACAAGGGUGUGAGGAGCAACCUGGUAAUGCCUCUGUAAAUAGUGAUGACCAUGCGGGGGACGCAAGAGAGACGGAUGUGACAACCAAAUCUGCAAAGGAGGAUAUCCUACACCUGCUGAAAAACAAGGAGAGGGGCUGUUCUGACAAAAAAUCAGACAAGGGUUUGAGGGAAGAUGACACCAAAAUAAAGAAAAAGGGGAUUGAUGACAGGAGAGAGAAGAAAGAGAAGACUGACCAUGAGAAGGACAAGCUGCGAGGGAAAACUCAUCAUAGUGAACGCUCAAAAAAAGAUCAGCCUAAGAAAGAAUCUGAAAGCAACGUGUCAUCCUGUGUAGAUAAGAAGUCCACCCAAGAGAAACUGGUUGUGGGCUCCAUUACCAAGGGAGAAACAGCCACGGAAGGGAAACCCACUAAAAGCAGCAAACCUAAAGAUGAAACGGAAAAGAGACACAAAGACCACGCCAAGUCUAAGGACAGAGGCCCAGGUAUUGGUGAGGACAAAUACAAGCGCCAUUCAGAAAAAGGUAAAACAGAAAACAAAGACCACAUAAAAAAAGAGGCCGCAGACGUUCCCCUGUUGGUUAAAGAGCUUGGAAAUAACUUAAAGGGAAAUACAGUAACAUUGGUUGACCUAGAUCUGUUUCAGAUUAGACCCACUGAUGACCGAAAGCAAAGGGCAAAAGACAAAGCCAAGGGGAAGUCCCACGAGAAAGUUAUUGGGAAAGCUGAGGAGAAGGACAAGCAGAAGAAAGACCAUAAAGAUAAAAAGAUGGACAAAGAUGCUAAAAAACCUAAAGAAGACCAUAAAAAGGAGAGCGCAAAUGGCAACAAAGGGGAAAAGAGAGAAUUGGAGGAUCAUGAGGAGGAAUCAGAGGCUGUCCAUAAGAAGUCCAAGCAUGGCCCCGUGAGCAAUGAUAAGCCUCUGAAAGUCAAACAAGAAGAGAAGGACAAUGCCAAAAAGGACAAAACGAGUGCGUCUAAAAAGAGGAAGAAUAAGGAUGAAGGAGAAGUGAGAGAAGCCAAGAAAACUAAAGAGGGAAAACAAAAAGAAGCCGAGUCGAAGUGGAAAUGGUGGGAGGAAGACAACUACGAAGAUGGUGUGAAAUGGAAAUUCCUGGAACACAGAGGCCCCUAUUUUGCCCCUCCAUACGAGCCUCUUCCAGAUAACGUGCGCUUCUCUUAUGAUGGGCAACCUCUGAAGCUCAGCCUGGCUGCGGAAGAAGUGGCCACUUUCUACGGCAAGAUGUUAGAUCACGAAUACACCAGCAAGGAAGUGUUCCAGAAGAAUUUCUUCACAGACUGGAAAUCGCAAAUGACCAAAGAAGAGAGUAAGACCAUAAAGCACUUGUACAAGUGCGACUUCUCCGAGAUACACAAGUAUUUUUUUGAGAAGAACGAGGCUCGCAAAGCUUUGCCCAAGGAAGAGAAGCAGAAACUAAAGGAAGAGACCAGUAAGAUUCAGGAUGAGUAUGGAUACUGCAUGCUGGACGGCCAUCGAGAAAAGAUAGGAAACUUCAAGACCGAGCCACCAGGUCUUUUCCGAGGUCGCGGAGAUCACCCAAAAAUGGGCAUGCUAAAAAUGAGAAUUGAGCCGGAGGACGUCAUCAUUAACUGCAGCCAAGACUCCAAGGUUCCAGAGCCCCCUCCUGGCCGCAAGUGGAAGGAAGUGCGAUGUGACAACACCGUCACCUGGCUGGCUUCCUGGACGGAAAAUAUCCAGAGCUCAAUCAAGUACAUUAUGCUGAACCCAAGCUCGAAACUCAAGGGGGAGAAGGACUGGCAGAAGUAUGAGACGGCGCGGCGUCUGAAGGGUGUGGUAGAUCAGAUCCGAUCUCAGUAUCGAAUAGAUUGGAAAUCUCGAGAGAUGAAGAAAAGGCAGAGAGCCGUGGCGCUAUAUUUCAUUGAUAAGUUGGCGUUGCGAGCAGGCAAUGAGAAAGAGGAGGGCGAGACAGCGGACACGGUGGGCUGCUGCUCUCUCAGAGUGGAACACAUCAAGCUGUUUCCAGAACUGGACGGCCAGAAGUACGUAGUGGAGUUUGACUUCCUGGGAAAAGACUCGAUCAGAUACUACAACAAGCUUCCCGUGGAGAAGGAGGUGUUCAAGAACCUGAAGCUGUUUAUGGAAAAUAAAGACCCAGAGGAUGACCUGUUUGACAGGCUGAAUACCUCUAUUCUGAACAAACACCUCCAGGACCUAAUGGAAGGACUGACUGCCAAGGUGUUCAGAACAUACAACGCCUCCAUCACCCUGCAAAUGCAGCUGAAGGAGCUGACAAAUGAGGACGAUAACGUGGCAGCAAAAAUUCUGUCCUACAACCGCGCAAACAGAGCUGUUGCACUUCUCUGUAACCACCAGAGGGCGCUUCCAAAGACGUAUGAAAAGUCCAUGCAAAAUCUUCAGGCAAAGAUUGAUGCGAAGGAAGAGCAACUGAAGGAUGCCAAGAAAGAACUGAAGAAAGCGAAGGCUGACCAUAAAGCAAGGAAUAAUGACAGGACUAAGAAAGAGCUGGAGAAGAAGAAGAAGCAAUGCGAGAGGUUGGCGGAACAGCUCAUGAAACUGAAGCUACAAGCCACUGACAAAGAGGAGAACAAACAGGUCGCUCUGGGCACGUCCAAACUAAACUACCUGGACCCCAGGAUCACCGUGGCCUGGUGUAAGAAGUACGGCGUGCCCAUCGAGAAGAUUUACAACAAGACUCAGAGAGAGAAGUUCGCCUGGGCUAUUGAUAUGACCAAUGAAGACUUUGAAUUCUAAACAUGUCUGCAUCCAGAAUAAUUACAGGAUGAUAAAUGUCUUCCGCAAACCCUAUUCUCCAAGGUCUGGAAAUAGGUCCAAACACAUGAAGUCUCCACUUCAUGCACAGACUGUCCCAGGGAUGUCUUCCAAGUAUCGGGUUAUGUCCUGCUUCUGCAGAGUGAUCGCAUUGUCGCAGGGACACGGGUGAUCGCAUCACAUGAUCAGAGGAGACUGCGCAAUUGUUGGCCUGCACUAACACUCACAUCUCUAGGGUGUAGAGAGCGGUGGGCAAUGCAGACAGUGACGGCACAGACGGAUUUCUGUUUAUACAUAAAGGUGUGUGUGACACGGGUGUUAGGCCACGAGGCGUUGUGUGACACGGGUGUUCGGUCACGAGGCGUUGUGUGAAUUUCUUUCAGGGAUAAUGACGAUUGUACUUCUGAUAAAACUGGUAUGCUCAGGUGGCUUUAUGUUGGUUUAUUAAGAGCUUAAGGAAAGUUGUGUUUCAGUGUGGACGCUCUCGUUGUCGUCUUUACGUGAUUGCUUUAUUUUGUUUAUUUUUCAGAAACCAGAAUUUAAAUUGAAAUAAAACCUAUUUAUUGCGUAUUCUCACUUGUAA